GUAUAAUGGCUCGUUUUUAUUACCAAUGCAAUUUUGACUUAAAAAACGAGAGUGAAUACGAUAAUGCUGUAUUAAAACCAUUCGUUUGUCCUCCGGACAAAUAUUGUCCUUAUUGUUGUUGCAAUUGGCAGUGUUGUCUUGUGGUACAGAAACGUCCACCACGACAAAUCUGGGAGACCUGGUACUUUUGGUUGGGCGUUACAUUAUUGGCUGUUUUUAUCCUAAUUUCGGUGUGCAGCUACGUAGUCAGUAAUUAUAGGCAUAACGUUCAAGGUGUGCCGUUCCGACAUAAUGCACGUAUUAAUGAUAACGGACGAAACCAUCGAGCAAAUCGUUCUAGACCAACACAGAACGAGGUGUCUAUAAGUAUAAUUCCUACAUCUGGACUGCUACCGGGUCAUAAAAAAAUGGUCAUGAUUUCUACACAGAAUAAUAUCGCUCAUUUGACUCCGAUCGUUGCAUAAAAUUAGAGCUUUCUUUUUUCUUCGGAAAAGUUCGGAAAGAAAGUGUUACGAUUGCGAAUAUUUUGUAUUAUGAAUGCACGGUUACUAUGACACCUCGAUGAACGUUUAUCGAUGAGAACGAAGGCAUGCAUUUUAUUGCUUUGACCGGGUGUACUUAUCGCAAGUGCAUUAUUUUGUAUGAUCUCGACAUAAUGGUAGUCGAUGGUUAAUGUUCAAUGAUUAUGAGGAAAGAUCUGCAGGGAGACUGGACGAACUCAAUUCAGCCUUUUAAUCUUGUUGAAAUGAUCCCAACUCAAACGGCUUUCAAGUUAUAUAAAGAGUAUUCAGAGAGAGAAAAAGAUAGAGAUAAACGUUAUCGAUACGAGGUCGAUUCUUUGAUUUGGUGAUCAUAAAAAUCCAAAGAAAAGCAAAAUAAAAUGAACCCAGAAGGGAAUAAUGAAAGACAUCGUUUACAGACUGCUAUCGGAUUUGAAUAUCAAAUUGAUACUUGAAUAUUAGAUUUCUCGAGAGAUACUAAAAAAAGCUUAGCUCAAUCAUUUUCAAUCUCAUGUAAUCAAGAUUUCAAAUAUUUUUAUUUUCGUUGAGAAAGAGAGAGAGAGAGAAAUUUGAUUCACAAAUUUACAAAGCUAAUUUCAAAAACGACGAAGUGAGAAAAUAGAGGAUUUUUUCUUUUUCGACGAUGUUAAAUAUUUAUUCAUUUUUAUUAAUCAGAAUGACAUAUGUAAUCACUUGUGGUGACAAACGUCAAAUUUAUUCGACGUAUCCGUUCUCUCUAUCUCUUCCUUUGGAUCAAACAGAG